CAGUACCGCGCACGACGUGCACCGCGACACGCGCACGCGCAUAUACGCCUUCACAGCGCGCACGGACCCGAACCAAGAUGUAUCGUUACGCGAUGGUCAUACUCCUCUACGCUGCUCUGGCCGGAGCAGCGAAACAGCAACUCCAACUAUCAGACUCCUACCUACCAGUAGCGAUGCAGGUCAUAGCACACCUCACUGACCAGAUGGCAUUCGAAAUCAAGGACGAACCUUCGCCAUCUAAGCCAACUGCCAAGCCAAUUGUCAAACCAACUACGAAACCAACGACGAAGCCAUCUUGGACCAACAAACCGGCCAACAGUUGGCCCACGUUUACUUCAAAGCCUACGACUUCAAAGCCGUAUGUCUCGCUGUCUGAUGUUGAAUGGACUCCUCCUCAGAACGGGUGGUGGAUGAGUAUUGGCCUGAAUAGAAGGUCCCAAACUACACCAUUCCACCGCCCAGGUCUGUACGCCCCAGUGGCACCACCGAAGCCAUCUGACCGCAUCAACCCCAAAUCUGGAUUCCUGCUUCCCUUCGACCAUAACACUCAAUACACCGUCAUAGAACCUCAAGAAAAACGAACUGAAGAACCACUACUAGCCAUACAUCAAGAAGAAGUUAAACCUUUGAUGGAACCAGCGAAGGAAGCCCCGCUUCUUCCACCAGCAUUUGAAGACCAGGUUUCCAAGCGCUCUGACGGAUACCAAGCGGAGGAGCUUACAGAAGAGAACUUGCAGUAUCUCUCGCAGAAUGUCAAGGAUCUCAUUAAAAUGGCUCAUGAUCCCGACGAUGAGAGGGUCGUUGAUGUGUGGGAAGGUGUUAGAGCGAAUAAUCAAGAGGUAACCCCAAAAGGAAAGCUGUCAUCAUCAAACCUGCGGCUGCUGCUUCUGUACGAUCUACUCAGCAGGGAAGCAAAGAGGCAACGACUGUCAGAUUAUAGUGGCUUCUCCCCCGACGUGAUGCGCAACCUAGUAGAGUCGUCUAGUGGCGGUGCGCGGGCGCAGCUCAGCCUCGCUCUAUCCAAGAUGGUGGAGCGCGCGGACUGCCAGCACGAGUACGCCAACAACCGUGCGCGGGAGAUGGUCACUGAACUUGCUAAGGAUGAAUCGAAGCUGUCUUCAGAGCUGAGAUACUUGCAGCCACUAGUUUAUACGAAUUAGACCAUAUCACUUUCAAGACCACAGACUACGGGUCGAUGACCUUUCAUUGAUAAUUUUUAUGACAGUUGGAAACGCAACAUCACCUUAUAAAUGGCAGAUGUUUUAACUGAUUAGUAAAUUAUAAAAUAAGAAAAAUAGCCUAUAUGUCGCAUAACUGGGGUCUUAGCCAUGUUGCAAACUUACGACAAUCGACAGUGUUAAAAUGUAUGGUAUUGACAUGUCCUAUGUUCAUUUCAUACAUUUUUAUCACUAUAAAAAUGAUAAAAAUGUAUGGGACUGAUAUGUCACCUUAUUCAAUCCAUACAUUUUCAUCACUAAAUAACGUAAAAAUGUAUAUAUGACUGACAUAUCUCCUUGUGUUCAUUUCAUACAUUUUUAUCUAUAAAAAGAUGCUAAAAAUGCAUGGCAUUGUUAUGUUACCUUAUGUUCAUUUCAUCCAUUUUCAUCACUAAAAAAUAUAAAAAUGUAUGGGACUGACAUGUCACCUACAUUUUUAUCACUGUCACUGUCAAUUAUCAUAAGAUACAACCCCCCUACACUACCCAAAAUAAUACCUAUAAAUCUAGUGAUAAAAAUGUUUUUUGCCAUUUUAGUAUUAAGAGAAAGCAUUUUAUUUUACCAUUUAUGUAUAGCAUAAGGAUAUCUUAACUAUUAU